GGGUCCUCUCUCCUCCGUUCCGUCGGCUGCCAUGGUGGAAGGAGCCGCGGAGCUGGAGCUUUUCCGCCGGCGCUGGCGGGCAGAGCUGACCCGGGGGUGCCGGAGGAGGAGCGGCCCGGGGGGCCGGAAGAGGCCGCGGGAGGCGGAGGGCGAAGCGCCGCAGCCUGUGCGAGGCUGGGGGGGCUGCGGCGGCAUCCCUCGUUGGGAGGCGGAGGAGGAGGAGGAGGAAGAGCAGCAACAGCAGCAGCCUCCUCCGAGGGUCCCCCGCAGCCCCACCGCGUCAGGCCGCCCUCUUGGGCCUGGCUCCGCCACUGAGACUCCAGGAGGAGGAGGAGGAGGGGGAAAGGAAGACCUUCUGGGGCAGCUUAUCCGGGACUUGAAUGAAAUAAACGAAGUGCCUUUCUUUGACGUUCAGCUGCCUUACGAACUGGCUUUAAAAAUCUUUCAAUUCCUUGGCCGGACAGAGCUGGGCAGAUGUGCGCAGGUGAGCAGGACCUGGAAGGUGCUUGCAGAAGACCAAGUCCUUUGGUUCCGCCUGUGCCAACACGAAGGUUACCUGCCUGAUUGUCAAAUCUCUGAUUAUCCCUCCUGGAAAGAGACACUCCGGGAAUGCCGGGAGAAGGAGCAGGGUUUAAGAACCAACUGGAAGAAUCGCAUUGGCGCUGUGAGCCAGCUGCAGUACGAACUUGGGAAAGUUCUGUGCGAUGUGCAUUCCUGUGACGGAGUGGUCAUUGCUGGGUACACGUCAGGGGACGUGAAGCUGUGGGACACCCGCACCUGGGACUACACAGCCCCCAUCUUGGAAGCCGAGCACGGCUUGGCAGAGCCUGGCCCCCGGCCACACGCCUCCUUUGUGAGGAUCAACAGCUCGCUGGCAGUGACGGCGUAUGAGGAUGGGUCAAUCAAGGUUUGGAGCCUGAUGGCGGGUUGUGAGCCAAUCCAUCGCUACCAGCACAAUCAGAAGAUACAAGCCCUGGCCCUUUCCACCGAAGGGGCAGCCAUCGCGACGGCGUCCGCCUUCCAGGUCAAAGUGGAAAGCGCUAACGACAAGGGAUACUGGGCGACGGCUGCGGAGUUUGAAAUCCAGAAACUGGUGGGCUCGCUCUGCCUGGUGCCCCGUGUGACGGGCUGCCCUGUGGCGGUAGCGACCGCGGAAGAGGUCGUUUACCUCUUGAAGGCGGGAGAGCCGGCCAAAGUCCUGCAUUCUGUCUACGGCCAGCCUGUCACGUGCCUGGAUGUCUCGGCCGGCGAGACGGCGUUUGGAGUGAAAGGAUUCGGCUGGCUGAUCAACGAGACCAACAAGAUCCUCCUCUACAACUUGGAAACGGGACAGUGCGUGACACAGCUGGGCAGCUCCUUGGGCGACUUCUCGUGCGUCAACCUGCGGGACAGCCCGCCUUCCACGCUGGUGGCUGGAAACAAAGACAGGAGGGUGCGUGUAUACGACCUCCGCUGCAGCAAACCCAUCUGCUCGUUCUACGGCCACCAGCUCGGGGUCUCUGCCGUGCAGAUGGACGACUGGAAGGUCGUCAGCGGAGGGGAAGAAGGGCUAGUCUGCGUGUGGGACCAGCGGAUGGGCACCAAACUCUGGGAAAUGCACGCCAGGCACCCAGUCCGCCACAUCUGGUUCAACGCCCACAGCCUCAUCACCGCCAAUAUUCCUGAUGAAAAAACGCCCCGGGGGGCCAGCAUCAUGGAUGAUGACUUGACGGCUCAUCGAAGGUAUCGAGGAAUCAUCUAUGCAUACGAGUUCUCCGUGGACCAGUUGACUGCGGAGAGCGUCCUCCCCAUUUGCCGCUCCUCUUAUAACGAAGUGACCGGUUACAACUACAACAUCGGCCUGGCGGUCCCCUAUGACAACCUCUAGCUGGAUGGGGAACCAGCGGCGGCUGGUCAAGGCCAACCGAUGUGGUUGGGGAAGGCCACAGGACGCCACCCAAGGGCUGCGGGGGCCUUGGGCCGCCACACUUGGAGGAGAAGGCAAGGGUGAUGGGGAUCCCACCCUGAGAUUCCCCCUCGAAUGCAUCCUGAUGGAGCCGGCCAGAGCAGGGGAAUGGGAAGGAACCAGCCCAAGGCAGCGGGCGGCUACCAGUGCUAUGCGGAUAUGGCACAACCGCGUCGGAGAAGAGGUGCUGGCCCCAGGUAGCCAUGGCGGAAAGGAGGAGCAGCAGCAGCAGCGUCGGAAGGAAGUUGCCACGCAAGCAGUCAAGCAGGCGGCGAAGCCGUAACCUUUCCUCUCUAGCCCAGGGAAGUAUCUUAAACUUAGUAAUGAUGGGGAAACCAGGCCAGAGACAGAACUGGAUCUCCGGAAGAUACGUGAAGAUCACUUAAAACACAGACCCUUCAGGAGCGAGUGUACAACUUUCCCACGAAACUGCACCUGAAACAUAGUUGUGAAGAAUAAACUUUCCUUCUGGGUAUGUUUGCAAGAAAGGCCAUCUUUUGGGGGGCGGUGGGGGGGUGGGAAAAGGAAGCACCCUUGUUUCCAUUGUCAGUAGCACUCUGCAACCUUCCAUGUAGGAGAUUGGUUGUCCCAGGAUGUGAAAACUGCUGUGACACGGUAAGUCUUGGUUUUUAUGGUCUUGCUUAGUAGUAGAAACCCAAAACAUAGGGGAGUUUAAAUUUUGGUUGCGGGAGGCAUUUUUGGAAGCUGGAAAAGAAGAAACUGCACCCAGGGAUGAGCCAGGUUGGUGUCGGUCACCGAUUCUAGGGAGAGAACUUUUGCCAAGCCAACUUGGAUCUUCAGUGACAGCGCUCAUCUCAGUGGUGUACUUAGACUGAGUUUUUAUGUUUAUGUUGCUCUGUGAUAGUUUUGAAAAUGAAAAUGAUCCAAGGACUGUA